AUGACAAUCAAAUUCGCUUCACUGUUGAUGCUCUUCUUAUUCAAUGCAGCCAUAAAUUCCCAGUCCACAGAUGAAUCUGGGCUCCCGAAUUUUACUUUCAGUUGGUCAGACGAUAAGAACAAUUUUACAUCUGGGGAAAUCGCGGGAAUUACGAUCAAAGUUCUGGGAAAUUUUGAAACCAAAGGGAACGCUUCAUUAGAGCAGAGAGCAUUUAAGCCUACGCUUACUGUUAACGGGAAAAAAGGCAACAGUUCGUACAUUUCUGGGGUUUCUCUGGAUCUUGGUGACGAUGUUAAUACUUGGAAGAUUACUUUUACUCCCAUCUUGUUUGGGAUUUUCAACAUCGUUAUAGACGACGAGAACUUCAAAGUCCUGGAUUCGUCGCUCCAUUUCGAAGUAGCUCCAGGGUUAAUGUACCCAUCCGUGUGUGUUGUUUCUUGGAUGGGUCUUGCAAACGUGUUUGAGGCUGGGAUGAAUGCAUCGAUUCUGAUUCUUCCCAAGGAUGCAUUUGGAAAUAACAUUUCGUUUUCCGGGAAGGAGACGGAGCUUCAGGGGUUUUCGUUGUCUCUUCUCUACGAAAAUGGUUCAAUCGCUGGCGAUCUUAAUAUCACACACACUAGAUGGAUUGAAUCUGGUUAUAUUUCCAUUGAGUUUGUUCUUGUGACCUCUGGAAAAUUCUUACUUCUUGUGGAGAGGGAGAGCCAAACCCUGAACGGUGUUCCUCUACCUCUCGAGGUUAAUUCAGGGCCUUUAGAUGUUUCCAAUUGCCUGAGCAUAUGGAAGUCAGAGCUCAACACAUGGCAGAUAUUUUCCAAAAUGGAGAUCUUGCUACACCAGAGAGAUCGAUUUGGAAACCUUGUUUCUGGAUUUUACGAAUUUGAUGCUGAUGUGGUGGAGAAAGAGACGGGUUUGUCCAUACCGGUAGCAGAUUUCCGGUUUAAGUAUGUCGAGCCAGGGAUCCAGCUGAUGUCUUUCAGCCUGUCUGAACCAGGGAAUUUCUUGCUCACUCUUUCUGAUAUGGAGCACAAUAAGAGCGUCUCUGGUAUGCCUUAUGAGUAUACAGUAUAUAUAGGUUAUUGUGAUGGAUCAAGAAGUAUAGUAAAUGGCUCAGGGAUCAAUGCUUCUAUUGCUGGGGAGUCUCUUGAAUUCUCUAUAUACUUGAAAGAUGCUUAUGGUUAUCCUUCACCCAUCCAAGUGAGUAGACUUCAGGUCCGAAUCUUGCAAGAGACCGAUUCCUCGUAUAUUUUGCCAACCAUACAACCGAGAGAGACACUCAAUGGGACUGGAUCAAGUCACCGAACUAAUACACCAUUCUAUGGGAAACACGGCAGAGGAGAUUUUGACAGCCUAUUGAUUCAAGCAAGUACUUUUGACGUAAGUUAUACUCCAAAAAGGAGUGGAAAUUAUAAAAUCUUUGUAUCAUCUGGAAACAUAGUCCUCAAUGGAGGUCAACCUUUUAUCAAGGAAGUAAUUGCAGGUGAAGUGAAUGUGGCAGAGUGUAGUGUGACCCAAUUCAAUGCAAAAGUGCCAAAGCAAAUCAAGAAUGAUAUUGUGGUCUUGCUAUUGGACGGGUUCUACAAUCCUGUGCCUUCACAGCCAUCUCGGUUAAAGUUGGAGAUCACUUCGUCUAACACAUCAAAUUUCACUACAUGGAACUUUGUUGAUAAUAGUGAUGGGACAUAUACGGGUAGCUAUCUGGCCAUGGAGAUUGGCACUUACCGAAUGUGUGUAUCGUUUGACAAUAAACAUAUUAAACCUUGCCCCUUUGACGUAAAUGUGUAUAGCAGUGGAUACUUUCCAAGAGCCUAUGAUGAUGCAGUUAACGUGUGGGAAGAUGAGUCAAUCUCUUUCAAUUCACUGGAAAACGACUAUUUUGCUGGCGACAAUGCGAGCAUUCUUGGUUUUUCACAACCAGGUCAUGGUUCUCUACUGAGAGAUGGAAACCUACUUAGAUACACGCCACUCAAGGAUUUUUCGGGAAAUGACUCCUUUCUUUAUACAAUAGUUGAUAUCAAUGGAAACUUAGCUGUAGCUACAGUGUACAUCUUUAUCCUUACUGCUCCUCCUCAGUUUGUCUCAUUCUCCGGCGGAUUGCAAGCAACUGAAGAUCUAAUCAGUCCUAGAUACAGUGGCUUCUCUGAGUUGGAAAUAAGUUACUCAGACCUGCUUGAGAACAUUUCAGUAACGGUGCAAGCAAUUUCGGGAUCAGUUAUUCUCUCACCAAUGCUGAUGCAGUUUAGGCCGCCUGGAAGUGGAAGACUCUCAGUUAGCAACGGUGGUGAAGAUGGAAGGCUAUUAACCUUAGAAGGACAAAUUGGAGUUAUCAAUCCUGCACUUAAGUCGAUUCAGUAUCUCGGAAACGAGAAUUUUGCUGGUGUUGAUUCUCUUCGGCUGUCCACAAGGAACAAGAAUGGGAUCAAUCAACUUGAUGUUCCUGUUUUCGUUGAACCUGUCAACGAUCCACCGUUUAUUAAUGUUCCUCACUAUAUAAUGCUCGAGAGUAAUGGGGAGGAAUCGCUCAUAUUUCACAGGGAAACAGACAAAUUCAACUUCUCAGUUGGAGAUCCGGAUCUUGCUAACUUUCCUGGUGGUGAAUCUCAUUUCUUAGUAACGUUUUCCGUCGAAGUUACUGACGGGCUUCUGCUGACAAACUUACCGUCCGAGCUUAUAAACUCAACAGAGCUAAAGUUCAAAAACAUAUUCCAGUGGCAGCCAAUUCAGACUUACACUGCCAUUUCUAAACACGUGAAUGUCAAAGCCAGUGGGAUCAGGUUUCGUGGAACAAUUAAGCAAUGCAACGACCUUAUGCAACAGCUGCUCCAUCACGGAGGAGAGAAUGGAGCUAUCUUGACCCUGAAACUGAGUGAUAUGGGGAACUACGGGUGCUUUCUUGAUUGCACUGAGAGAAUUUCACAGCCUCUACACGCGGAAGCUCGCGUAAACAUCAUCAGAAAGAGACCCUUGAGUUCCCUUGCAGGUCACGUUCUAGGCUCUGUAAUUGUGGUGGAGUCUGUCGUGGUAUUCUCUCUCGCUACGUUGCUUCUGUUCUUCACUUGCAAAUGCGCAGUUCUUCUCGUACACGAGAGAAGAAACGAACCUUAUGCUCACAAGAACUCGCAGAAACCAACGGACAAUGCCGAAUUGUUAGAUGACAAUGUUGCAACAAGAAGAUACCCUUGUUGUCUUCCGAGGAGUAUCUGGAAUGGCCAUGCCACGCAGAGACAAGUCGGCGAAACUUAUGGCAAUCAGAACAAGGAGCUACCAGAGAUUGACAUUUUUCCGCUAGAGCUAGAGAAGGCUAGAAGUUUAUGA